CCCCCAGCAGGGCGCAUGAGGCGCAGCGGCAGCGGCAGCGGCAGCACCAGCAGCAGAACCAGCAGCAGUACCAGUACCAGUACCAGUACCAGCAGCAGUACGGAGCGCGUAGUCCCGCCACAGUGGUGACCCCGCACCCCGCAGGGUCGCACUCACUCCUGCCUGAGGCGAGCAGUUCAGGAAAACCGCUCAGAGAAGGAAAGCUGCCGGGCUUCAGCAUGACGGCCAAAACUCUGGACAAAGUGCCGCUGAGCCUGGGGGGCUUCGUGCACCCCGUGGCGGACAGCGUGUACUCCGUGGAUGACCUCGCCGGCGGCUUGCCCGCGUCCGUUGCCAUCUUCCCCAACAGCGACCUGGGAGCGCACUACGAGCAGAUGAGCGCAGCAGCAGAUGGGCUGAUGGGCGCAGACAUGUCGGAGAAGCGCUCCCUGGAACUGUCCUCCUACUCCGGCGGCUUCUCCCAGCCCGCGCCCCACCGCAACCAGACCUUCACCUACAUGGGGAAGUUCUCCAUCGACUCCCAGUACCCGAGCAACUGGAACCCCGAGGGAGUGAUCAACAUCGUCUCGGGCAUCUUCAACGUGGCGCAGCCGCCUCCUCCUCCUCCUCCACCUCCCUCUUCCUCCGCGUCCUCCUCUCCGGCGUCCUCCGGGUCUCCCAACCACUUCCCCGGCAGUAACCUGAGCUGCACCAUGGCGGCUCAGAGCCAGGCGGAGAUAGACCACCACCACCUGUACUCCCCCCCGCCUCCGUACUCCUCCUCUGGCUGCGGGGAGGUGUACCAGGACCCCUCUGCGUUCCUGUCCACCUCCACCUGCCCCAUCGCCUCCUACCCUCCACCCUCCUACUCCUCCCCGAAGCAGCCCGGCGGCUCAGACGCGCUGUUCCCCAUCAUCCCAGACUACUCGGGCUUCUUCCAGCCGGCCUGCCAGCGGGACAUGCACCCUGCGGGCAUCCAGGACCGGAAGCCGUUCGGUCCGUGUCCGCUCGACACGUUCCGGGUGCCUCCACCUCUGACCCCGCUGAACACCAUCAGGAACUUUACGCUGGGAGGUCCGGGUGGCGGCGGCAGCUCCGAGGCGGGGCCACCGAGGCUGCCCUCGGCCUACAGUCCCCAGAACCUGCCUUUGAGGCCCAUCCUGAGGCCCCGAAAGUACCCGAACAGACCCAGCAAGACCCCCAUCCACGAGCGGCCGUACCCCUGCCCGGCGGAGGGCUGCGACCGCCGCUUCUCGCGCUCGGACGAACUGACCAGACACAUCCGCAUCCACACCGGACACAAGCCCUUCCAGUGCCGGAUCUGCAUGCGCAACUUCAGCCGCAGCGACCACCUCACCACGCACAUCCGCACGCACACCGGGGAGAAGCCGUUCGCCUGCGACUUCUGCGGACGCAAGUUCGCCCGGAGCGACGAGAGGAAGAGACACACUAAAAUCCACCUGCGGCAGAAGGAGAGGAAGUCCUCCACCGUGUCCUCCUCCUCCUCCUCCUCCUCCUCCUCCUCCGGCAGCUCCGUCCUGGAGCGGCCGUCAGGAGGCAUCGCCGCCGCCGGGAUCUGCUCGUAGGUCUCCUCCGGCGCAGCGCUGCAGUGUGGCACACACUAACCCGGAAACAAACCCGAGCAGGACUCCAGAAACUGCAGUGAACAGGACGCCGCGGUCCGGUCUGAAGAGCGGGACCGGCCAGGAAUUUUGGUGCAGCCGUGCGCAAUUACGCACAGUCACUAUUCACGCUGCGGGACUGAUGAAGAGACUGACACAAAUGCACUUUUCCUGCACGCUCAACUGGACAUCAGAGUAAAUAUAGCCAUUAAUUCACACACACGCCCUUUGUAAUAUAAGACUUUUUCAAAAAGAGAAAAAAUGAGCGCGCAGCGUGCGCCCGUCGGAGUGAAAUAACUGCAAUAACGCUUCAAAGAUUUAAAUUAUUGAAUUGACAAAGGAUUCAUUCUAACAUGGCGAUUUUGUUUCCACGUUUAGUGCCUUGUUGUGUGUUUUGUACACACACCGACCCAAGGACGCUUCUAAUGAUGUACAUUUGUCCUUUAAAACCCGGAGCCUCUAUUUUUCUACUCAUGUGGUGUUCGCGUUCAGUCUGUCGUUGGAGUGUAAAGUUGGACUGUAAAUAUGUUAAACUGAUACUGACUUGACCGUUUUGUUGUGAUGUGUGUUUUGAGAACUUAUUAAAUGUA